ACUGGUCAGAAUCAGUCCGAAAAAGUCAAUCUAAGUAAAAGCACCAGCAAGCGGAAGCCAGUAAAAAGGAGUUUUCCAGAAUACAACAGGGAUUUUAGCAAUGCGUCGAUCUGGUCUGUUGCUCUUAAUUUCAGCCUUUGUGCUGAGUGCGGCAGUGGCUCUUCCCACGAGUAGGAAGGAAACCCAGGAGGUGGAUUACAGUGGGCCCUCGCCACUGGACCUGCAGCUCGAUCUCGAGGAGCUGGGUAUACGCAGGAGAGCCGCCGAGGGUGAUAGCAGUUCUUCGGAGGAGCUUAAAACCGGUGCCGAGGAAGAGGCUACGGAAAAUGUUGACAGCUCCGCGGAAUCUUCAUCUUCGGAGGAGGAGCAGAAAACGGAGAGUGCAGCCACAGAGUCCGCUGCCAGAAGGCGUAGGUCAGAUGAAAAACAUAGGAACCUGUACCUCCUUGCCACCAUUUGCCCAAAUGCCGAUACCAGCCAUUUGGAGAAGGGCAGUUCCUUAGAUAGAAGAAUUGAAAUACGCGAUAUGUAUGCAAUUUGUGACUCCUUAAAGCAAUAAUGCGAUCGAUUUUUGAUUAAAAAAACUAAAAAAGGCAACAUUAUGAACACAAAUAAAGUAAAAUAAAAUCCCAAACAUACCAAA